AUGCAAAUUAAACUGAUUUCUACACCAGAAGGAACCCCAGAAUGGAUGGCUAUCGAGAUGCACGGGAUGAUUUCGCCGCAAGACGGCGGUUUUGAUGGGAAAACUUUAGGCACAAUUUGCUGGGGAGACCGCGGAAACGUGUACAUGAUUGUCGGGAACCAGACACUUGAAGGAAAAAUAUCGAAAACCGACCGCCCGUUGCUUGUAAUUCAAAAAAGCGAGAAAAUUGAGGGAGAAGAUGAGAAAAACGCGACGGUACGGGCGGUGAUCCGGAAGAAGCUCGUUUUCAAGGUCCGCCCGCGACCACUGGUGCUGUCGACGGCGGCGUAA